AUGACUGAGUUCCUGCCCCCUCCCCAGUUCGAAAUCUCCGAUCUGAGCAUACCUGAAUCAGACCCUCGAUACGCCGCCGCUGUCAAAUGCGUCCAAACAUACUGGAAACAAGCGACAAGUAUGACAGAGUCGCAAAUUCUCAGAUAUCUGGGAUAUUUGAGCCGCUGGAAUUUGCCAGAGUAUAUACCGCUUCUCUCACAAACGGCCGAGCCAAACUCUCUCAUGGCGAGGGCGUCUACCCAUAAGCUGUAUCCAAAGCGCACUGCCAAGGGCGCCAUUGUCAAGAACUCGGGUUCUUGGACCGGAUACGUGCUGAUUUCGUCGCUCUAUGAGAAUCUACCAUCGGAGUACCUGGAAAGCAUACGUACACGCUUUGGCAGCGCCACCAUAAAGGACCAUACCGAUGAGUAUCGACGCCUCUACCCAGCACCGAUCGCCCAGAAAGAAAUCACCCCAAUCAUUAUCGAUAUCACUACACCGGUGAUCGAUAUUACCAUGUCUGCAGAGACUACGACUACAACACCAUCGGCUACGCAGUCCGCUGUUCCCGGCGCAUGGAGCAUUGACAACGUCAUCGAUACCAUGUCUCCCUCGAACAAAAAGAGGCUUGGCUGCGAACCCGAAAGAUCUGCUGCCAAGAGAGCCAAAGCAGACAGCAAUGAAAUGCUUCAAAAGGUCAAUCAGCAAGCCGAGGUCAUCCAAAGAGCCAUCGACAUGCUGCAGGCGAAUCACGACAAAAAGCUUCAGGAAAUGCGCGAGGCCAUCGAAGAGAACAAACAGGCUCUCAACGCCAUGCAAGGCGAGUUGCGCCAGUUCAUGUCUGCCGUUGCAACUACGCUUCGAGAUAUUCAGGAGCGCUUGGACGAGUGA